CUUAUGAUACCAAAACAAGACAGAAGGUGGCAGUAAAAAAGCUUUCAAGACCUUUUCAAUCACUUAUUCAUGCCAGAAGGACAUACCGGGAGCUGAGAUUGCUUAAGCACAUGAAACAUGAAAAUGUUAUAGGAUUACUAGAUGUUUUUACACCUGCAACGUCAAUAGAAAAUUUUAAUGAAGUGUAUCUUGUGACAAAUUUAAUGGGUGCUGAUCUGAAUAACAUAGUAAAGUGCCAGAAGCUAACAGAUGACCACAUUCAGUUUCUUAUAUACCAGUUACUUAGAGGUCUUAAGUAUAUUCAUUCAGCUGGAAUCAUUCACAGGGACUUGAAACCCAGUAACCUAGCUGUAAAUGAAGACUGUGAAUUAAGGAUUUUAGACUUUGGUUUAGCCCGACAAACCGAUGAUGAAAUGACUGGAUAUGUAGCAACAAGAUGGUACAGAGCUCCAGAAAUUAUGUUAAACUGGAUGCACUAUAAUCAAACAGUUGACAUUUGGUCAGUUGGAUGCAUCAUGGCAGAGCUAUUGAAAGGAAAAGCCCUUUUUCCAGGAAAUGACUAUAUUGAUCAACUAAAGAGAAUAAUGGAAGUUGUGGGCACACCCAGUUCUGAACUUCUCAAGAAAAUAUCAUCAGAACAUGCUAGAAAGUACAUUGAAUCUCUACCAUAUAUGCCUCAGCAGGAUUUGAAAGCAGUAUUUCGUGGUGCCAACCCAUUAGAUCUUCUUGAGAAGAUGCUUAUAUUAGACAGUGAUAAAAGGAUAACUGCCUCAGAAGCUCUUGCACAUGCCUACUUUGUACAGUAUCAUGAUCCUGAUGACGAGCCUGAGGCUGAGCUAUAUGACGAGUCAAUAGAGAAUAAAGAACGAACCAUAGAAGAGUGGAAAGAGCUUACAUAUGAAGAAGUGAUUAGCUUUAAACCACCUGAUUUAAAAAUGGAUAGUCUGGAAAUAGAACAGUAAAUACAGCUAUGUUUUGCCUUGCUGCACUCUGAAGACUGUUAAAUAUAUUACAAUUUAACAUAUGUUCACAAGAGUAGAUUUUACUAUCCAAAGAUUUUGGAGAAGAUAUGGAAAAGCAGGUGAAUGAAACUGAAGCCAGGUGUCUAUUUUGAGGUCUUUUGUUUCUUGGGGGUUUUUUGUUGGUUUUUUUUGGUUUGGUUUGUGUUUUUGCCUUGUACUAUGAAUGUAAUCCCUCAUAAAAGGUGAUAAAGAAAUGCUUCAUUCUGAUAAAAUGAUGCACUGAGUUAUGUUUAACUGUGUUUUCUGCAUGUUUUACUUUUUCAGUUGUAAUGCCAGAAAUGAAGGUAACUUUAUUAUUUGAAAUUGUACAGUUAAAGCGUGAAUGUAUGCAAACAUCAAGGUAGAAGCCCAUACAAGCAACCCAUUUUUUCCUGGCAUUAACCUUAUUUUAUCUGGUUUGUUUUCUUUUGUUUUACUUCGUUUUAUUUAUAGCUAGUGCCUUUAUGAAAAGAGGGCAUAGUAGAGAGAUAGACAUAAUAUGCAACUGUAGUCGUAUCUGUGGUGGUCUUACAAACAUAUUGGAUGUCUCUUGAAUGGUCUAACACCAGUUGGAAGUCAACGAAUAAAUCUGUCUUUUGUUGCCAUUGAAGAAUCUGUUCUCAUUAUUUUUCCGAUAGUCUUUUAAUCUGCUGAGUCUAAGUGUGUGAGACUUUUAAUUUGUGGUGCUACUAUAGGUCAUUUCAUCACAGGUGUCUUGGUAAAUUUGCACAAAUUACAAGAAUUCACACUGCAGGGAACUCCUACAGUCUUCCAGAAACCUCACAUGUGCUGUUAUAAAGAUACUGUAUUCAGGUCACAGCUUUGGACUCAGUAUUCCCUUAUUGUUUUCUUUUCCUUCUCUUAGCCUUGAGAGACUGACAUAGCAUUUGAGAUUAACAAAACAAAACAAUAAUAAGGUUUAAAAUUGGACAUAUACAAAUAGUUUGGACAUUUGUAAAAAUCAAAAUAUUGUAAUCUCAACUUUGAACAAUAUUCUAAGAGUACUGAGAGCUCUGAACAGCUGAACAAUUUAAAUUUAAGAUAAUAAAUAGUACGAUAUAUCAGAUGCUACUAUAGCUUAAAGAAUUAACAUUAUAAUUUAAUUUACCCACUUGGAAGUAUGAUACUAAUAAAAAAAAAUUAUUAACAACCUUUGGUAUACAGCUUCUUGUGGUCAACAGCGGUGUCAUUUUUAAUUCACAAUUGACUGUAUCAGUGGAUGCUAUUCAUUUUUAUAUGGUUUGUCUGUUGUUUCACUGUCUCUUAUUUUGAGAUGUCAUUUUAUAUUAAUUUAUUACUUCCUUUUGCCUUGAUAUUUUGUUGUUAGGUUGCAUCGCACAACUAAUAUUUGAACAGAUGAGUUCUAACACAUUUGUUUAUUUUCGCUGUAUUUUAGCUGUGUUGAUU